AGUGCGCUCUGCACGUUUACUUUGACAGUAGCUGCGAAGGAGAGCUCCUCGCAAUUGCCAGAAUUUUUUCUGAUUAGGAAUAAAAAGUUGACUCUGUACAGUGGCAUAUUUUUCUGAAAGGUUCGAAUAUAUGGCAUAAGCCGAACGAUGGUUCAACCAAGUGCUGCGACGCGCAAAAGUGUUAGAAUUUUGCUGGUGGGUGAUCAAGGAGUUGGUAAGACUUCAUUGAUACUAUCUUUAGUUAGUGAAGAAUUUCCAGAGGAUGUACCCCCAAAAGCUGAAGAAAUAACCAUACCAGCAAAUGUAACACCAGAGCAAAUACCCACAAAUAUUGUGGAUUAUUCUAGCAUUGAGCAAAGUGAGCAAGUCUUAAAUGAAGAAAUCAACAAAUGCCAUGUUGUGUGCAUUGUCUAUGCGGUGAACGAUGACGAAUCAAUGGACCGCAUCAAGGAACACUGGCUACCACUUGUGCGAAAUGCUGUUGAAGCAGAUCAACCACAAAAACCGGUCGUGUUAGUUGGCAAUAAAGCAGAUCUUGUAGAAUACUCAACCAUUGAUAGUGUUCUAACAAUAAUGGAGGAUUUUCCAGAAGUAGAAAGUGUUGUUGAAUGUUCAGCAAAGACAUUACAAAAUAUUUCGGAAAUGUUUUAUUAUGCACAAAAAGCUGUUUUACACCCGACCUCACCACUAUAUUUAAUGGAAGAACAAGAUUUAACACCUGCAUGUAAAAAAGCACUCGUACGCAUAUUUAAAAUCUGCGAUAUUGAUGGUGAUAAUCUGUUAAAUGAUUAUGAACUUAAUCUUUUCCAACGUCGCUGUUUUAACACACCUUUGCAACCACAAAUUCUGGACGAGGUCAAAUCUGUUAUACAAAAGAAUUCACCAGACGGUAUUUACAACGAUGCAGUUACGUUAAAAGGAUUUUUAUUUUUGCAUUGCUUAUUUAUACAACGUGGUCGCAACGAAACUACUUGGGCUGUGUUACGUCGAUUUGGCUAUAAUGAGCAACUUGAAAUGUGUAAUGAAUAUUUACGACCCACAGUGAAAAUACCACCGGGUAGUAGCACAGAACUUUCGCACAGAGGACAACAGUUUCUGAUAGGUUUAUUUGAAAGAUAUGAUCGUGAUAAUGAUGGUGCGCUAUCACAAGAGGAGCAUCGAACAUUAUUUAGUAUAUGCCCUACACCGCCUUGGUCAUUUUCAACAGAUAUUAAAAAAUCAUGCCCAACAAAUGAAAAGGGUUACGUUACGCUACAUGGUUGGCUGUGCCGUUGGACACUUAUGACUCUUAUAGAUGUUGUCAAAACACUGGAGUACUUAGCGCAUUUAGGUUUUAAUGUACAUGAAAAUGAUAGUCAAGUGGCAGCAAUACAUGUAACGCGAGAAAGACGUAUUGACUUAGCAAAGCGGCAAAGUAGUCGAUCUGUGUAUAUGUGCCAUGUUAUAGGACCAAAAGGUGCUGGUAAAACAGGCUUAUGUCGUGCAUUUCUAAUAGAAAAUAUGAAUAGUUUAAUUAAUAAAGAAUUCAGAACGAAUGUCGUACAUUGUGUGAACUCCGUGCAGGUUUACGGUCAAGAAAAACAUUUAAUUUUACGCGAAAUUGUUGUUAAUAAUCCGCUAGAUCCUUUACAACCUCAAGAGGUGAACUGUGAUGUUGCCUGUCUAGUAUAUGAUUCAUCAAAUCCACGUUCAUUUGAAUAUAUUGCUCGCAUAUACAUUAAGUAUUACGCUGAAAGCAAAAUUCCAGUUAUGGUUGUUGGCACAAAAUCAGAUUUAGAUGAACAUCGACAAGAUUAUUUACUACAACCAGCCGAAUUUUGUCAAAAGUAUAAACUUCUGCCACCACAUUUGUUCAGUCUUAAAAGUAAUAAGAAGGAGAUGUAUACUAAAUUAGCAACAAUGGCAGCGUUUCCACGUUUUCAAGAUGCUUGGAUAUUAUUUUAUAAGCACAGGUUGGUACAGCUGUGGGAAUCAGCCCAUUUGAGGCAAUUUGGGCCUUUAAAUCCAGGUCAAGCGCUGUGGUGGAAGGCUGGGAUAGGUGUUGCUGCCGCUACUAUAAUUGGCUUUUUUGUCUUAAAAGCGCUGAAUGCUAGCAGCUCACAUGGACGUUAGUAUUUUUGGAUCGUUUUUGUCAUCAUUGCUACUUUCAAAUCGAGUGACCAGAAAACCAAAACCUGAGUUUCGUUUUUAUAAUGCUUAAAUCUGAAAUGAUUAUUAAGAAAAUUUUCUUGUAAAAUAUAUAUUUAAUAUGCAUAUAUUUUUUUAAUAUAUUCUAUGAUUAGUGUAUAUUUUUUAACUUGUCAAUAUAAUCAAUACCAAAAUUGUACAUAGGCUAAACUAUAAAAAUAACACUGAUGUAUUUUGUUCAUUUUA